UGCAGACGCGUUGGGACGCCUUCUGGACUUUCUCGACGGAGCUCCUGGAGCUUCUCGAGACUGGAAUCAAACGAAGCUGUUGCUCAAUUCCCGGCGGUGAGAAAAUAUAUAGAGGAGGUCGCCCUCAGCUUUGCAACCUUCCAGCAACCGCUCGUUGGCCCAGAGGCACCGGCCUUCUCGCAGUCACUAUGUCGUACGGCGAACGGGACGACGACUUGACCCACAUUAGCUGGAAGGACACAGCCUUCAUCCAGACGUACGGCCUGAACAAGGACAAUGUUAUGGCAUACUUCUCGUUGAGUCCUUUCUUCGACAAAUCGUCCAUCAAAGAACAGAUUAGUAUGCAGACUCGUUUCAAUCAGUUGGAUGCGGGUCAAUCCACGCAACCGGAGCGCACUAUAACCGGUCUGGACUACGAGUUACUUGACGCAAACGAUACACUUCCCACUCUUUUCACAAUAGUCAAAGGCGACAGGAAAUCACCCACACGAGUGAACCGCCUUGCCGUCUAUUAUGUCAUUGAUGGCACAAUCUAUCAAGCACCGGAUCUUUAUAGUCUGUUGAGCAAUCGAGUACUAAACUCGCUGCAUCAAGUUCAAGAUGCCUUCACCACCCUUAGUUCAGAAGCUCGAUACCACCCCUCUAUGGGACACUACUGGCGCUCGGAUGAAAAGCUGUUGUCGCAAGCAAUGGGCAAAGCACAUGGCGGGGAGGAUCCGGCGGAAAUGACUCUUCCGAAGAGACGAGAUACGACAGAUGUCGGCGGAAUCCCAAAAGUUGACCCGGCACCGGUCAUGCGCGCCAAGCUCUUGGCAAGAACGCCCGACGAUCGCAUACGGGCGGGUCAGUUUGCGAGCGGGUUGGACAUGCUAUUGGAAGACACUUGGGCCGCCGCGCAAGAGCCAUUGGGAAGAUGGGAUGAGAACUCGAUGGACCUUGCAACGGUUCCCGUCCAAAACAAUACAAGGCUAUCUGGAUCAACACCGGCAGCCCCCGCAUGAGCCUAUUUGGAAUGAACGCUGGAGUGUUAGGUGAGCUUCUCAUGCUCCCUCUCGACCCCUGGGAGCCGUUGAAAUCCCAGGGAGGCCGUUAAAAUUGGCCGGCGACAAUUAGUUAGCUCAGGCAUUCAGAUACAGCACAUCGGUCCUCCUACCUGUGCGUCAAGC